UCCUCGGUUUCUUCGAACUCGAACUCGCCGUGCUCCUUCCUUGCACUCCUCGUACUUGCCGCCAGCCCGCCAUUGCCGGCAAGCUUAGCUAGCCAUGCAGGACGGUGCAGGAGGAGGAGGAGGGGACGGCAAUAGCAUGCAUCUGCUCCUGAGCAUCCUGGCCGACGGCGAGGAGCAGGCGAGGCGGCUCCUCGGCGAGCUGCCGCCGGCCGACGACGAGGGGCAGCUGCUCGGGCGGGGCCCGGCGGCCGAGUGCUGCCGGGGCGUGGCGCGGCAGCUGCUGUGCACGUUCAGGAAGGCCAUCGCCGUCGCUAAGGCCAUCGAGGCGGCCGGCGGGGACUCGCCGCGGUCGGCCGACGAGGGCGCCGGCGCCGGCAGGGACGCGGCGCAGGCGCAGGAGCGCCAAGGCCAAGGCGUCUGCAAGAGAAGGAAGGGGCUGCCAAGAUGGACCGAAAAAUUCAGAAUACCCGACGACGCAAAUCUGGAGUACACGCCGGACGACGGGUUCAGCUGGAGGAAGUACGGCCAGAAGGACAUCCUCGGCGCCAAGUUCCCAAGGGGCUACUACCGGUGCACGUACCGCAACGCGCAGGGGUGCGCCGCCACGAGGCAGGUGCAGCGCUCCGACGCCGACCUCGCCGUGUUCGACGUCACGUACCAGGGCGCGCACACCUGCCUCCAGGCGCAGCGCCGGUCCGCCGCGCCUCCCCCUCCUCCUGCCGCGGUGGCCGCGCACGACGUCCAACGGUCACCACCGGCGUUGCCGGACCCGGACAUGCAGCUGCUCGAGAAUUUCAGGAACGGCCUCAAGGUGGAGACCGACGGGCUACCGCCGCCGCCGCCGCCCUUCCAUGGCCACGGCACCACAGCCUUCUCGUUCGCCUACGCCGCGGCAGGAGCAGCGGGCUACUCCCCGGCGGAGAGCGGCGGCCAGCGGCUGCUGCAGGGAGGGGGCUGCUUCGCCCCGGCGUCCUUCUCAUCGCCGGCCGCGACGACGUCGGCCGGGCCGGGCUACUUCGCCGUGUCGGCGGCGCACUGCACGCUGGGCACCCACGACUCGCCGGAUCUCGCCGAGGUCGUGUCCGCGGCCACCGCCUCGGACCCCGCCGGCUUCGACUACUCGCUGUACCAGUACCACGGCCUGCAGCAGCACGACCAGGACGCGCACCUGCUGCCAUUCCCGUUCGACCCCAUGUUCGGCCACCCUUCCUCCUCCCAUGGCCAACACAGAGACGCGUGAACGCUCUGUGAACGAACUGAAGCAUGAUUAUUAUGAACUGUAUAUAAAACAGUCGAAUUAUUCAGCCUCGCUAUGUACUAUUAAUUCAUCAUCACCAUCAGAAAUUUACGU